CUGGUUAGUGUCAGCGGUGGGAUCAGAGCACAUUCCCAACUGCUAACCCAGACCCAGGGCCCAGACCUGAUGGAAACUCUCUUCUGGAAGAAAAUGGCCUCUCUUCUGUUGCCUGCCUUUUGCCUUUUGAGCGGAGCCGGGUGUACAGCCAGAUGGGCAGUCCCUGAUUUUGGCAACGUCUACCACGUCUCAGGGGUUAUCGACCUGCCGUUCGCUGAAAUCCAGGAGCCCUUUGAAGCCUGGUACAACCUGUCGGGAGGGAAGAGCCGGAUCCAGUACUACCACGGGCAAGUGGUCACCUUCCAGUACAGGGCAGAGAGGCCGUUUGGUGCCCUCUACAAGAUCACCCCAGAGACCACGGAGCUGGAGCUGAACAUCCGAAAGUGCUUCCGAAUCAGCGGCAGCCCUGGGAAGCGCGUCUAUCCACAGAGCGUCUUCCCCAGGCUGGACGGUUUCAAGCCCGUGCGGGAGGAGUCCUACAAAGGGCAGCUCUGCACCGUGUGGCAGAACGUGUCCUACUGGGGCCGGAAGAAGAACGUCUACACCCUGUGGGUGGCCAGCUCCGCUGAUGGCCCCGUGCCCGUCCACUACGAGAUGCGGGGCUUCAACAGCCUGCUGGGCUCCCACUACGACAAGUACAAGAUUGACUACAGCGACUUCACCCACAGCUACCCGGCUGGGGUCUUGGACAUCCCAAGCGGCAUGGAGUGCGAGUUUCCUCCGGGAGACGGAGUGGAGCAUCGUAUCCUCGCCAACCCCAUGUGGGAUUUCGUGGGCAGGCAGGCGGAUCGAGGCCGUCAGCUGUUUCAUCACUACCGGCGGGAGUACAGGAAGGAGUACGGCAGCAGGAAGGAGCUUGAGCGCAGGGCACAAACGUUCGUUCACAACAUGAGGUUCGUCCACUCCAAAAAUCGGGCCAACCUGCCCUACAAGCUGGCGCUGAACCACCUGGCCGACCGCACCCCAGAGGAGAUGGCCGUGCUGCGGGGGCGGCUGCAGGACCAAACUCCCCACAAUGGGCAGCCGUUCCCACUGGCACCAUACGCUGGCAUCAUCCUGCCUGAGAGCCUGGACUGGAGGCUGUACGGCGCAGUGACCCCCGUGAAGGACCAGGCCCUGUGCGGCUCCUGCUGGAGCUUUGUGGCUGCGGGAGGAUUAGAAGGUGCCCUGUUCCUCAAGACCGGAGUGCUGACCCCUCUGUCUCAGCAAGCCCUGAUCGACUGUUCCUGGGGCUUCGGGAACCACGGCUGCGACGGCGGCCUUCCUUGGCGGGCCUUUAAAUGGGUCAGGAAGCACGGCGGCAUCCCGAGCGCCGAGGCCUACGGGCCGUACAGGGGCCAGAACGGAUACUGCCACUACAACUCGUCUGAGCUCCUCGCCAACAUCAGAGGCCACGUCAACCUCCCGGCCGGCGACGUCACCGCCCUGAGAGCCGCCAUCUUCAAGAAUGGCCCCGUGGCCGUCAGCAUUGACGCCUCUGCCAAGUCAUUCAUAUUUUACUCCAACGGCAUCUACUAUGAACCCCAGUGUGGGAAUACCAGCAGCAGCUUGAAUCACGCGGUGCUCGCCGUGGGCUACGGGGUUCUGCAAGGGGACAGCUAUUGGCUCAUCAAAAACUCCUGGUCCACUUACUGGGGUAACGAUGGCUACAUCCUCAUGUCCAUGCAGGACAACAACUGUGGGGUGGCGACCGCUGCAACAUACCCGGUCCUGGCCUGAUCUCCUGGGUCAGAGGGAAGCAAGCUGGCUUCGGGCUGCUGAUCCUUAGCAGUCUGCCGGGCUUGCUUGUUAUCUGUGCUUGCUUGUGCUCUGGACGGGACCAAGUGGGGCUGGCUUAGCGCCUGAUGCCACGUGGGCCUAGGUGUGACACUGCAGUCUAUAUAAUUUUAUAAAAAUAUGCUAAUGAGGGAAUAUAAUGUAACUGGAAUAUGCUUCAUGCAGAAGGUCUCUUGUAAUGUAUCAUUACAAAGUUAAUAAUCUACUGAGUGUGAUCAUCCUAUGUGUAUAAAUGUACUACUCUUGUAUCUGAAACUAGAAAUAUGAACUAUAACUCUGAGGGCCUCUUGUAACUAUGCAAAGUGUGGGCCAUUAAUGGUGGUUUGGAAUCUUGAUGACUCCCAUUAACCAGGACAAUUGUCUGCAGAUGGGUGUUUUAUCUGUAAGUCUUCCUGUACACCUGUGUGCUGGCAAGUGGGCGAUGAAGUCUUGCAGUGACAUGUGAUCAUGUCACCUGAACUAAAAUUCAUCUUUAAUCUGGUGUCUUUCCAUUGAAAAGGAAGGAGUGGGAACCCAGAGAGGGACAAAGGAUUCCCGGCCUAUGCAAAAGAUAUAUAGAGGAGUGGAACAGAACAAAGGGGAGAGAGGAGAGGAGCCAUCAUGAGGAAUCCCCUAGCUACCACCUGAUCUGGAACAAGAGCUGUACCAGGGGAAAGAAUUGUGCCCAGGCCUGGAAGGGGUCCAGUCUGAGGAAAAAACUUACUGAAGCAUCUCUGAGGGUGAGAUUAUCUGUAUUCAGUUUGAUUAGACAUAGAUUUGCGCGUUUUAUUUUAUUUUGCUUGGUGACUUACUUUGUUCUGUCUGUUACUACUUGGAACCACUUAAAUCCGACUUUCGGUAUUUAAUAAAAUCACAUUUUACUUA